AGCUGCAGGACCCUCAGCUGGAGCAGCUGGUGUAAACACCAUGGAAGACGAGAAACAGCGGCCUUCACUGACCCAGAGAGUGGAAACGAUGGCGUCUGUGAUAGAGCUGCUUUUGGAAACACUGAAAGACUUAAGUGACGAAGAGUUUGAGGAGUUCAAGAAGGUCCUGAAUCCAUUUCAAUUCCUCAGUCCUGACUUAUUUAUGUUUGAGACAACAGACACCCAAUCAUUGCUGCUGAAAAUAACAGACCUGCAGGACAUAGUGUUUUCAAUAGUGCAGAUCUUUGGCCAGAAGUCUGUGAAAAAGACCAAGGAGGUUUUAAAUAAGAUGAAGAGGACUGACCUGGUGCAGAGGUUGUCUGACAGCAGCUCAGGAGCCAAAAAAAAACACUCAGUAGAUGAACACCUGUCUGCACUGAUCCACAAAGUGGCAACAAUGGCGGCUUUUAAAGAGCCGCUUUUGGAAACACUCAAUAAUUUGAGUUACAAGGAGCUCAAUACCUACAAGUGGUUGCUGCAGUUUGCGUUGUUCAAGAGGAACCUUCCACAACUCUCAUGGAAACAACUGUGGGAAAACAGUGUAGACCUACUGGUUGAUGUGAUGGUGGAGAAAUACGGUCAACAGUCUGUGGAGGUGACGAAGGAAGUUUUAAUGGACAUGAACAGGAUGGAUCUGGGGCAGAGGCUGUCAGAGACCAGCUCAGGACACAAAGAGAAACACUCUGUGGAUGAACAUUGGCCAGCACUGACCCAGAAAGUGGAAACGAUGGCGUCUGUGAUAGAGCUGCUUUUGGAAACACUGAAAGAUUUAACUUAUGGGGAGGUCAAGGAGUUCAAACUGGCCCUGAGUCAAGUUCACUUCCAUUUGUUUAGGCUGGGAAAAUGGAGUUUGCUGGACACAACAGGCAUCUCAUGGAGGCUGCUGGAGACAAUGGGCCUGCAGGACACUGUGUUUUUAUUGGUGCAGACAUUUGGCCAACGGUCUGUGGAGACGACCAAGGAGGUUUUAAAGAUGAUGAAGAGGACUGACCUGGACCAAAGGUUGUCUGACAGCAGCUCAGAAUCCAAAAAGAAAUCCUCUACAGAUGAACAACGCUCUGCACUGAUCCAGAAAGUUGCAACAAUAGCAGCUGUUAAACAACUGCUUUUGGAAACCCUGAAUGAUUUGAGUAACGAGGAGCUCAAGAAAUUCAAGGAGCUCCUGAGGUUGAUUUUCUCCCAGAAGGACCUCCAAAUGGAUUUGAGAGACACAGCAGACAGAGCAGAAAUAGUGGAUCUGAUGGUGGAAACCUACAGCCAGCAGUCUG